AUGCCUGUGCGUGGCUUCGUAGGGCCGCAGUACUCGAACGUGGGAUUCAGCAAUGAGGAUGACGAGGACGGCGCUGACGAUGCGGACGAUAGUUGGAAUGACGAUGACGAAAACUACCUAUCGAACUCGCUGUCCGCGCUCAACGAGGAGGAGGCGGAAGACAACGAACGGGUGCGGGGUACGCGGAGGGACAUUGAGGUCCCUAUCGCGGAUUGGAACAGGCUAGGUGUGGACGACACGCCGGCCGCGAAACGAGAGAUGUGCUACGGAAUCCUCUACGGUGUCUCGGAGGCCACGCUGAAGAAGUAUCGCGGUUGGGCCAACGAGUACAAGCGGUUCAUGGCCCACGAGCUGCCUAAACUGGACGCGGGUAGGUUUGGUGAUGAGGCCGCGCUGAGAAACGCGAACCCGGACGAGAUUGGGGCCGCGCUCGAACAGAACAUGGGUGGUGACUGGAAGAUGGCGGAGGGCGACGAGCAGUGGUUCCACGGCCCUGAGACGAAUCCGUGGCGCUUACGCAAAUACGUGACCUUCCUCGCGAACGAGACAGUCGCGCAGGCGGACAGGAUGGCCACACUCAAGCGGCCGCAGAAGACCUUGAAGAAGAGACGCCAGUGCACCCCAGCAAUGCUGAUGGGGCGUCUCAAGGCUUUGAACCUGCUCAUCAAGCUGGACGGGGCGAUCUUCAGGAAGCCUGUUCUGAACCUGCUGCGCGACUUUGCAGAGUGUCGCAUCUGGGUCCGCGUUCAAGUACGCGACCAAUACAAGCGGUUUAUCGCGUAA